UUGCAAAUGUGAGCUGGUAAUACAAGUGAGGUGCGAUGCGAAUGCAACCUCGCGUUUGAAUUGCACGGAAGCAUUGCACUCAUGAGAACUAGCGCAGCGAAGGGGCCCCUUUCACUGGGUGUCCCAGCCUAACCUCAUCAACAGUGAUAAACUGGGAGCUUCUAAAAAGAAAGUGCUCUUCAGUCAUCAUGUGGCUCUGUCUUCUGGUGCUCUCAUUGCUGGCCCUGGUGUACAGAUGGUACAGACAAAGUCAGAUACUAGAGAAUCUCUCAGAUAAAUAUGUGCUGAUCACAGGAUGUGACUCUGGCUUUGGGAACUUAGCAGCGAAACAGCUGGAUCGCCGUGGUCUGAGGGUGCUGGCAGCUUGUCUGACUGAGAAAGGUGCUGAGGAGCUGAAGAAGGAGACGUCCAGCAGACUGCAGACUGUGAUCCUGGAUGUUACUGACAGUCAGAGCGUGAAGUCUGUAACUAAGUUGGUGACAGAUAUUGUCAGAGAAAAAGGGCUCUGGGGUUUGGUGAACAACGCAGGUGUUUCAUUGCCAAGUGGUCCCAAUGAGUGGUUAACAAAGGAUGAUUUUAGUAAGAUCUUAAACGUGAACCUUCUAGGGGUCAUUGAUGUCACAAUUAACCUGUUACCGCUCAUCCGAAAAGCCAAGGGACGUGUGGUCAACAUAGCCAGCGUUGCAGGGAGAAUGACCUUUUCUGGUGGUGGAUAUGCAAUUUCCAAAUACGGAGUAGAAGCAUUCUCUGACGGUCUAAGGCGUGAAAUGGCCAUCUUUGAUGUGAAGGUUUGUAUAGUGGAACCUGGCUUCUUUGAAACUACAUUGACAGAUCCAAAAUUUCAAAAAGAGAUUGUGAAAAAACUCUGGGUACGACUCCCAGACGAGAUACGCAAGAGCUAUGGGCAGCAGUACUUUGACACAUAUUGCAAAACAGUUGACUUAAUGCUUUCAAUUGCCAACAAAAAGCUCUACUUGGUUACCAACUGCAUGGAGCAUGCCUUAACUGCAGUGUACCCUUUUACGCGCUACUCUGCUGGUCUCGACGCCAAACUGCUGUUUCUUCCACUUUCCUAUUUACCUACUGCUUUUACAGAUUUUUUGAUGGGAUUCCGUCAUCGUCACUAUAAACCAGGAGAAAGUGCCUAAAAUUCUUGAAGGGACAGUCAAGUCCAAAAAAAACUUUCAUGUUACAAAUAGGGCAUAUAAUUUUAAACAACUUUCCAAUUUACUUUUAUCACCAAUUUUGCUUUGUUCUCUUGGUAUUCUUAGUUGAAAGCUAAACCUAGGAGGUUCAUAUGCUAAUUUCUUAGACCUUGAAGGCCGCCUCUAAUCUAAAUGCAUUUUGAUAGUUUUUUACCACUAGAGGGCAUUAGUUCACGUGUUUCAUAUAGAUAACAUUGAGCUCAUGCACGUGAAUUUACCAUGGAGACAGCUCUGAUUGGCUAAAAUGCAAGUCUGUCAAAAACGUGUAUAAUUAUAACUGUGUUGGUUAUGCAAAACUGGAAAAUAGGUAAUUAAGGGAUUAUCUAUCUUUUAAAACAACAAAAUUUCAGGUGUUGAAUGUCCCUUUAGUAGAAACAUACGUUUGUUUGUUUUUAAUUCCAUUAAAUGUGCCCACUGUGCUAGUAUCAAA